CGGACGUUGAAGACCAACCGAUCAUGAGUGAAUCGAUCCGUCUCAUCCGCAGCGUCACCGCCAUCACAAUUAAUACGUUUUCUGGGGCUUAGUAUGUAUCCCUGAAAGCCAAAAACCAGUCAUUCACAACAGCAGAGUCGUGGGUCACGUAAACAUAUCCGUUAAAGACAACCUGUCCGUGUAAAGCUAGUUGAAUAGCAGUUCGUAUUGCUAGCUAACGAUGUGUUGCAGUACACAGUAGCCGCGGCGCCUCUUGUUUCCGGCCGGUCAUCCGUGCAGUUGUUGCAGCCAUGGGCAGAUAUCUGCUACCGAUGAUCUCCGUCUUGUUCUCAACCUGGUCUGCUGUAGGAGACCCGGCGGGAUCUGCUCAUGUCGACGGAGCUCCGCCUUCAAAAAUAGCGGUGGUCGGGGCUGGGAUAGGCGGCAGCGCCACUGCCCAUUUCCUACGGCAACACUUUGGCCCCGAGGUCCAAGUGGACGUGUUUGAGAAGGGUGAGGUCGGAGGCCGUCUCGCCACUGUAACUGUCAAUCAUCAUGACUACGAGUCCGGAGGGUCCAUCAUUCACUCACUCAACCUCCAUAUGCAGGAGUUUGUCAAAGUGCUAGGUUUGAAGUACCGUCGCAGUGUGGCGGGAAAGACAGCGGUGUUUAACGGUGAGGAGGUCAUUCUGGAAGAGACUGACUGGUACCUUUUGGACCUGUUCCGACUGUGGUGGCGCUACGGGAUCAGCUUCAUCCGCCUGCAGAUGUGGGUGGAGGAGAUCAUGGAGAAAUUCAUGAGAAUCUACAAGUACCAGGCCCAUGGCUACGCCUUCAGUUCUGUGGAGCAGCUGCUAGAGUCUCUGGGUGGGAGUGGCUUCAUCAACAUGACCCGGAGGCCGCUCUCUGAUUCGCUGCUGGAGCUGGGUGUUUCUCAACGCUUCAUCGAUGAGGUCAUCGCCCCCGUUAUGAGGGUCAACUACGGACAGAACGUCAGCAUCCCUGCUUUUGUUGGCGCUGUGUCUUUAGCCGGUGCCCAGAACAACCUGUGGGCGGUGGAAGGAGGCAACAAGCUGGUGUGUUCAGGCCUGCUGAAGAUGGCCAAUGCUAACCUGCACCAAGCACAAGUCAGCUCCAUCUCCCCUAUCUAUUCUGGUGAGGCGCUCCAGUACAGACUGAGCUUUACUACAUCAGCGGGGCCCAGAUCUGAAAUGUAUGACAUUGUGGUGUUGGCCACGCCCCUCCAGGCGAGUGUCCAAUCAGGAGUGGAGUUUCAGGAUUUCACCCCUCCCUUUGACGAGCUCGCCGGCAGCUACCACAGCACUGUAGCGACCAUUGUACACGGCUACCUCAACACCUCUGUCUUUGGCUUCCCAGACCCUCGUCUCUUCCCCUUUGCCAGCAUCUUAACCACUGACACGCCACAUCUGUUCUUCAACAGUGUGGCGAGUGUUUGCCCCGUCAACAUCUCAGCAGGCUUUCGACGUAAGCAGCCACAGGAAGCUGGAAUAUAUAAGGUGUUCUCACCGCAACCCUUAGACAAAAGUCAGCUCAAAACACUCUUCAGGUCGUACUACUCAGUGCAGGUGACGGAGUGGCAGGCCUACCCUCGAUAUGGCAGCAGCCUGGGACUGCCGCCCGUGGAGCUCCACCCAAAUCUCUACUACCUCAAUGGUAUCGAGUGGGCUGGCAGCGCCAUGGAGAUGAGCUCUGUGGCUGCGAAGAACAUCGCCCUGCUGGCCUACCACCGCUGGAACAGACAGACAGACAUGGUGGACCAAAGUGACCUGAUGCACAGGAUCAAGACUGAACUAUGACCUGUCGACUGGGAGCUGAAAUCAGUGUGUUAGUAAGGAGAAGUAGGGAAGGGGUUUGUGGGUAGCUGGGGCUUACGUGCUUCUUUCAAAGUGUUAAAUAGACUCUGUUUGAGUCUUAUGCAUGUGAGUCAAAUGCAGGCAAAUCCGAGACUAUCAAUGCACUUCAGUGUCAAAAUAUCACAUUUUGACAUACUGUUCUAUUUCCCAAAAAACACUGUAUAGAUGUUUAAAGAUUAACAUGCAAAGACUCUAGGCAGCCUCUAGCAGUCCUGUGGUCUGUCCUCACCCACUGGAAUCUUACACUUAAACAUAUUUAUUGAUCCACUUAUAACCUUAACUGUAUAUAAUUAAAAAAAAUUAUCUAAAUUAUGAAUUUACUUAUAUUGUUUCUUUUUGGGGGCCACAACAAGAGGUGUCCACAUGAUGUAUUUUCUCCACACUAUGACAGCUUUCCUAAAAAAUUUAUUAAAUAAAUGUCAUUAUGUCACCUUGCCUACGCUAUUAGAACUGUUUUCCCGGGUUCUUUUUCUACCAUUUCGGGUACGAGGUGAUAACAAUUUGCCCAGUAACUUAAUUCAGUGAAAAAAAUCUCAGGUGGCAAACUAUAUUGGCAUCUGAAAUCUUUAUAACUAACUUAAAUUUGCAUUAAUAAUUUUAGGGACUUUCGGUGGCACUGCAUGGUAUUAAUUCAGCACUAACAUAUUAUCGGGUAUCUACAGUAAAGAGUUACUUAUUAUCGCUUCUUAUUGAAAGGAGAAAAACAUUAGCAGUUAUUAUGUUUCUUCAUACCUGAUCAACGUAGACUGAUUUGAUCUCUGCUGUGGAAAUAGAAGCCUGGACACUAAAACAGUUAAUAGCCAUGUGAAAAUCUCUAAUGCACUGGGGGCGCACGGAGAGUCACCUUAUUUAAAUGGUUAGUCACUAUGAGCUUUGCUUUUUUAUUAAUGUCUCAUUAUUUUUUCUUUUUGAACAAAAUAAUCUGUGUAUGUUUUGAUACCAUAUUGUUGAUAUAUCUUAAUGUAUAGUAAGACAUUGUGAAUCAUCAGAUACUUGGGUGAUGGAGUCUAAAGUCUCUUUCGUUGCUGUUUGAUUUUGCUGAAUGUGCUAUUGUCCGUGCCAGUUCUACUGCAAAGCUUUGGGACAUAUUGCAGUAUUGGUUGGGUAUUAACUGCUAAUGCUAAUGGGUGGUUUCAUCCAAGAAUAUAGCUUCAGGCAAAUUUUCUUUGCCAAGUGGUGAAGAAACUAGGCAACCGUGAAUAACAGCAGCUAAUAUUUAUCUCAGCACAAGUAAAGGGGCAGUCAGGGGACUGUUUUUUUCAGUUGGUGUGAUUAAAUGUCAACUACCAUGUGUUCUGCUGGUCAAUGGUCACUGCUACACCCCUUUAAUACCUUGUAUUGUUUAUAAUUAUACCUGUAAUCUUUAUUAUAUUCCAAGCAAAAAAGAAGCACUUCAGAAAGCUUGUUACUCCAGUAGGAAAUGAUGCUUGUUGGCAUGAAUGUGGCUCUUUUAAAGCCUGCUUUUCGUCUGCUGUGAGAUGAGACUGAUGAGUGCAGUCACUGUUUUAUCUCUAACUUCAGGAACAUAACCAACACUCUGUCAUUUCGUUUAAAAACAACUGCAGCACUCCUGGUACCGUCUGCACAUUUAAGGACUGUUAAUAGACUUGCUGUGAACUGCACCGAGGUGAUCUCAUUAAAGUAAUCUCAGUAGGAUCUUUGUAAAUUAAUAAAGUCAUUAUUCAGUGACUCUUGGUAGUGGCCAGUGGUGCUAUGCUCUCUCAGCCCUUUCAUCCGACUGUUUCAUUAUCUCCCCUUCCUGCUGCUUUUGUUGCAUAAUCCAGCGGAAAGAUUUUUUUUUUUUUUUUUUGGGGAGUGGAGCCAACAAGCUUCAAUGCUGGAACAAAAUGAGGCAGAGGACAGAUCUGUGAGCCGCUGGUAGUGAUGAUGGCACCUUUUGUGGAAAAAGAACACAAAAGAGGAGGAUAUGGCAUACUGACAUAACAAGAAACCUUUGACUGUUUAUUAACCUCUCUCAUAAGACUUUGAGCUGGUGCCAUGUUUUAUUUAUUCUAAAUGUGUAACAAUUGAUGUGGACAAUGUUAUUUCUGGAGACAGAGUAACUUGUGACUUCAAUAUCAGAACUGCAGAACUUCAACUAAUGUGUUAAAUGAUUUGCAUCAUGAGAAAAUUCCACAGCCCUUUUAAUGAAAAUGCUUUAAA